UGUAGGCCUGGGCUCCUUUCCUCAUCUGUAGACACACUUGAGAAGCCAAGGCACCACCAUGGGGGACGCAGAGAUGGCCGUGUUUGGGGAGGCCGCUCCCUACCUGCGCAAGUCAGAGAAGGAGCGGCUCGAAGCUCAGACCAGGCCUUUCGACCUCAAGAAGGAUGUCUUUGUGCCUGAUGACAAAGAGGAGUUCAUCAAGGCUAAGAUUAUGUCUCGAGAGGGUGGCAAAGUCACAGCCGAGACCGAGCAUGGCAAGACGGUGACUGUAAAGGAGGACCAGGUGAUGCAGCAGAACCCACCCAAGUUCGACAAGAUCGAGGACAUGGCCAUGCUGACCUUCCUGCACGAGCCCGCGGUGCUCUACAACCUCAAGGAGCGCUACGCGGCCUGGAUGAUCUACACCUACUCAGGCCUGUUCUGCGUCACCGUCAACCCCUACAAGUGGCUGCCGGUGUACACUGCUGAGGUGGUGGCCGCCUACCGGGGCAAGAAGAGGAGCGAGGCCCCACCCCACAUCUUCUCCAUCUCUGACAACGCGUAUCAGUACAUGCUGACGGACAGAGAAAACCAGUCCAUCCUGAUCACCGGAGAAUCCGGGGCAGGGAAGACGGUCAACACCAAGAGGGUCAUCCAGUACUUUGCUGUCAUUGCUGCCAUUGGGGACCGCAGCAAGAAGGACCAGAACCCAGGCAAGGGCACCCUGGAGGACCAGAUCAUCCAGGCCAACCCCGCCCUGGAGGCCUUCGGCAAUGCCAAGACCCUCCGGAACGACAACUCCUCCCGCUUCGGGAAAUUCAUUCGAAUUCAUUUUGGGGCGACUGGAAAGCUGGCGUCUGCAGACAUAGAGACCUACCUUCUGGAAAAAUCCAGAGUUAUUUUCCAGCUGAAAGCGGAGAGAGAUUAUCACAUUUUCUACCAAAUCCUGUCUAACAAAAAGCCGGAGCUACUGGACAUGCUGCUGAUCACCAACAACCCCUAUGAUUAUGCCUUCAUCUCCCAAGGAGAGACCACCGUGGCCUCCAUUGAUGAUGCUGAGGAGCUCAUGGCCACUGAUAAUGCCUUUGAUGUGCUGGGCUUCACUCCAGAGGAGAAGAACUCCAUAUACAAACUGACGGGCGCCAUCAUGCACUUUGGAAACAUGAAAUUCAAACAGAAGCAGCGGGAGGAACAGGCAGAGCCAGAUGGCACUGAAGAGGCUGAUAAGUCCGCCUACCUCAUGGGGCUGAACUCAGCCGACCUGCUCAAGGGGCUAUGCCACCCUCGGGUGAAAGUGGGCAACGAGUAUGUCACCAAGGGGCAGAAUGUCCAGCAGGUGGCAUAUGCCACUGGAGCACUGGCCAAGGCGGUGUACGAGAAGAUGUUCAACUGGAUGGUGACGCGCAUCAACGCCACCCUGGAGACCAAGCAGCCACGCCAGUACUUCAUAGGAGUCCUGGACAUCGCUGGCUUUGAGAUCUUCGACUUCAACAGCUUUGAGCAGCUCUGCAUCAACUUCACCAACGAGAAGCUGCAGCAGUUCUUCAACCACCACAUGUUCGUGCUGGAGCAGGAGGAGUACAAGAAGGAGGGCAUCGAGUGGGAGUUCAUCGACUUCGGCAUGGACCUGCAGGCCUGCAUCGACCUCAUCGAGAAGCCCAUGGGCAUCAUGUCCAUCCUGGAGGAGGAGUGCAUGUUCCCCAAGGCCACCGACAUGACCUUCAAGGCCAAACUCUUCGACAACCACCUGGGCAAGUCCAGCAACUUCCAGAAGCCCCGAAAUAUCAAGGGGAAGCCGGAAGCCCACUUCUCCCUGAUCCACUACGCUGGCAUCGUAGACUACAACAUCCUGGGCUGGCUUCAGAAGAACAAGGACCCUCUCAAUGAGACGGUGGUGGGCUUGUACCAGAAGUCUUCCCUCAAGCUCAUGGCCACGCUCUUCUCGACCUAUGCUUCUGCCGACAGUGCAGAUAGCGGUAAAAGCAAAGGAGGCAAGAAAAAGGGCUCAUCCUUCCAGACAGUGUCAGCUCUCCACCGGGAGAAUCUGAACAAGCUGAUGACCAACCUGAAGACCACCCAUCCCCACUUCGUGCGCUGCAUCAUCCCCAACGAACGGAAGGCUCCAGGGGUGAUGGACAACCCCCUGGUCAUGCACCAGCUGCGCUGCAACGGCGUGCUGGAGGGCAUCCGCAUCUGCAGGAAGGGCUUCCCCAACCGCAUCCUCUACGGGGACUUCCGGCAGAGGUAUCGCAUCCUCAACCCGGCCGCCAUCCCCGAAGGGCAGUUCAUUGACAGCAGGAAGGGGGCAGAGAAGCUGCUGGGCUCCCUGGAUAUUGACCACAACCAGUACAAGUUCGGCCACACCAAGGUGUUCUUCAAGGCGGGGCUGCUGGGGCUACUGGAGGAGAUGCGGGACGAGAGGCUGAGCCGCAUCAUCACGCGCAUCCAGGCCCAGUCCCGGGGCGUGCUCUCCAGAAUGGAGUACAGGAAGAUGGUGGAACGCAGAGACUCCCUGCUGAUAAUCCAGUGGAACAUUCGGGCCUUCAUGGGGGUCAAGAAUUGGCCCUGGAUGAAGCUCUACUUCAAGAUCAAGCCGCUGCUGAAGAGCGCAGAGACGGAGAAGGAGAUGGCCACCAUGAAGGAGGAGUUCGCACGCCUCAAAGAGUCGCUGGAGAAGUCUGAGGCUCGCCGCAAGGAGCUGGAGGAGAAGAUGGUGUCCCUGCUGCAGGAGAAGAAUGACCUGCAGCUCCAAGUGCAGGCGGAACAAGACAACCUGGCUGAUGCUGAGGAGCGCUGCGACCAGCUCAUCAAGAACAAGAUCCAGCUGGAGGCCAAGGUGAAGGAGAUGAACGAGAGGCUGGAGGACGAGGAGGAGAUGAACGCUGAGCUCACUGCCAAGAAGCGCAAGCUGGAAGAUGAGUGCUCUGAGCUCAAAAGGGACAUUGAUGACCUGGAGCUGACACUGGCCAAGGUGGAGAAGGAGAAACAUGCAACAGAGAACAAGGUGAAGAACCUGACAGAAGAGAUGGCUGGGCUGGACGAGAUCAUCGCCAAGCUGACCAAAGAGAAAAAGGCUCUUCAGGAGGCCCACCAGCAGGCCCUGGAUGACCUCCAGGCUGAGGAGGACAAGGUCAACACCCUGACCAAGGCCAAAGUCAAGCUGGAACAGCAAGUGGAUGAUCUGGAGGGGUCCCUGGAGCAGGAGAAGAAGGUGCGCAUGGACCUGGAGCGAGCAAAGAGGAAGCUGGAGGGUGACCUGAAGUUGACCCAGGAGAGCAUCAUGGACCUGGAGAAUGACAAGCAGCAGCUGGAUGAGCGGCUGAAAAAGUACCUGGAUGACGCGGUCCGUGCCAACGACGACCUGAAGGAGAACAUCGCCAUCGUGGAGCGGCGCAACAACCUGCUGCAGGCUGAGCUGGAGGAGCUGCGUGCCGUGGUGGAGCAGACGGAGCGGUCUCGGAAGCUGGCAGAGCAGGAGCUGAUCGAGACCAGUGAGCGGGUGCAGCUGCUGCACUCCCAGAACACCAGCCUCAUCAACCAGAAGAAGAAGAUGGAUGCAGACCUGUCCCAGCUCCAGUCGGAGGUGGAGGAGGCCGUGCAGGAGUGCAGGAACGCUGAGGAGAAGGCCAAGAAGGCCAUCACGGAUGUGAGUCCCCCACCCCACCUGCCGCUGCAGGACAGUGUCCCGCACCUGGAGACCUUCAAGCGGGAGAACAAGAACCUUCAGGAGGAAAUCUCGGACCUGACUGAGCAGCUGGGAGAAGGAGGAAAGAAUGUGCAUGAGCUGGAGAAGGUCCGAAAGCAGCUGGAGGCGGAGAAGCUAGAGCUGCAGUCAGCCCUGGAGGAGGCCGAGGCCUCCCUGGAGCACGAGGAGGGCAAGAUCCUCCGGGCCCAGCUGGAGUUCAACCAGACCAAGGCAGAGAUCGAGCGCAAGCUGGCAGAGAAGGACGAGGAGAUGGAGCAGGCCAAGCGCAACCACCUGCGCGUGGUGGACUCGCUGCAGACCUCCCUGGACGCGGAGACGCGAAGCCGCAACGAGGCCCUGCGGGUGAAGAAGAAGAUGGAAGGCGACCUCAACGAGAUGGAGAUCCAGCUCAGCCACGCCAACCGCAUGGCUGCCGAGGCCCAGAAGCAAGUCAAGAGCCUCCAGAGCUUGCUGAAGGACACCCAGAUCCAGCUGGAUGACGCGGUCCAUGCCAACGACGACCUGAAGGAGAACAUCGCCAUCGUGGAGCGGCGCAACAACCUGCUGCAGGCUGAGCUGGAGGAGCUGCGUGCCGUGGUGGAGCAGACGGAGCGGUCUCGGAAGCUGGCGGAGCAGGAGCUGAUCGAGACCAGUGAGCGGGUGCAGCUGCUGCACUCCCAGAACACCAGCCUCAUCAACCAGAAGAAGAAGAUGGAGUCUGAUCUGACCCAGCUCCAGUCGGAGGUGGAGGAGGCCGUGCAGGAGUGCAGGAACGCUGAGGAGAAGGCCAAGAAGGCCAUCACGGAUGCCGCCAUGAUGGCGGAGGAGCUGAAGAAGGAGCAGGACACGAGCGCGCACCUGGAGCGCAUGAAGAAGAACAUGGAGCAGACCAUCAAGGACCUGCAGCACCGGCUGGACGAGGCGGAGCAGAUCGCCCUCAAGGGCGGCAAGAAGCAGCUGCAGAAGCUGGAGGCGCGGGUGCGGGAGCUGGAGAAUGAGCUGGAGGUGGAGCAGAAGCGCAACGCGGAGUCCAUCAAGGGCAUGAGGAAGAGCGAGCGGCGCAUCAAGGAGCUCACCUACCAGACAGAGGAGGAUAAGAAGAACCUGCUGCGGCUGCAGGACCUGGUGGACAAGCUGCAGCUGAAGGUCAAGGCCUAUAAGCGCCAGGCCGAGGAGGCGGAGGAGCAGGCCAACACCAACCUGUCCAAGUUCCGCAAGGUGCAGCACGAGCUGGAUGAGGCGGAGGAGCGCGCGGACAUCGCGGAGUCCCAGGUCAACAAGCUGCGGGCCAAGAGCCGCGAUAUCGGCGCCAAGCAAAAAAUGCACGAUGAAGAGUGACGCCGCCUCCGAAACCUCACCUUUGCUAACGUAUAAUAAAUACGAGUGCCAGCC